AUGGCUCUACUGGAUGUUCCACCUGGCAAGGUGGCAUCGCCGACACUGUUCGGGAUGCCCAUGAAGCAGGUGUCGCUUAUUACUUUAACGUUCCAAAACUCGGCAUUGAUCUUGCUGAUGCACUAUUCCCGCAUCAUGACACCUGAUGGCGACCACCGAUACUUCACAUCGACGGCCGUGUUUCUUACCGAAGUCAUCAAGCUAGCUAUUUCGCUGACCUUCGCCAUAUAUGAAGUAUCGAGGAGUCUGGCCCCUUCAACUCCGGCCACGGUCAUAUUCGGGCAGAUCUACAAACAGGUCUUCUCGGGAGACGGAUGGAGACUGGCCAUACCAGCUGCCCUCUACACCCUGCAGAACACCUUGCAAUAUGUGGGAAUCUCCAACCUGGACCCGAUCCAUUUCCAGAUCUUAUACCAAUUGAAGAUCCUCACGACAGCUCUCUUUACGGUGACUAUGUUGGGCAGGUCUCUUUCGCCGAAGCGCUGGGUCUCCCUCCUUCUCUUGACACUCGGCGUCUCCAUCGUCUCAAUCCCUUCGACCAACUCGCAAGACGGCUCGUUCCUCAUCCACGAUAUGACCGACCACUUCUUUCCUCGAUCGGUGCAUGAGCUUGGUCAAAUGGCCAACGGGCUGGGCGAGGUCGCCGAACAUCUCACCAAGAGAACAAUCGAUGGACUCUCGGGUGUUGGUGAGGCAUUAGUGAAGCGCUCCGCCACGUACGAAGGGAUCGAAGAGGACCAGAACAUGAUCCCCAUCAUGAACUACUCUAUUGGCCUCUCCGCCGUUCUGGUCGCGGCAGCAGUCUCCGGCCUGACAGGUGUUUAUUUUGAGAAGGUGCUCAAGGACCCUGCGGCUGUUGCUUCUGUCUGGAUCCGGAACAUUCAAAUGUCAUUUUACUCGCUGUUCCCGGCGCUCUUCGUUGGCAUCAUCUUCAAGGACGGUGCUGAUAUCGCAAAGCACGGCUUUUUCGACGGAUACAACUGGGUAGUCUGGACAUUGAUCCUGCUGCAGGCAUUUGGUGGUGUUCUGGCAUCGUUAUGCAUCAACUACGCCGACAACAUUGCCAAGAACUUUGCGACGAGCAUCAGUAUUGUCAUUAGUCUACUGUUCAGCGUGUACUUUUUCAAUGUCCAGAUCUCAAUCAUGUUCCUCAUCGGCACCGUCUUGGUCUUGACAUCCACCUUCUUGUACUCUGGGCCCGAACGAAAGCGCGGCAGGCCGCCACCGAUCAACAUCGCCAGAUUCGAGAAGACUACGAUAGAUCCCAUGCACACCCCUAGAGGAUCGAGCGACAGACUGACUGUGCCGAAUCCCAUGGAGUCAGCCAAGUCACUAGGGCUGUCCACUUCGCGACCUGCCUCGCCAUUGCGAUUUCAUUCGCGGCAGUCGUCGUCUCAGGACAAGAACAGAGACGAGUAG